GUAUUAAAAGCUGUGAAUAUUUAAAUUAGGUCCCCGGGUGCUAAUCCUUCAUAGGAAAGCUUUUGCGAGACUUUUCCCAGGUGUAAUCAAAUUGACAUCUUGAAUUUGCAAUGAAAGCCCGCCAAAAAGAUAGUUAUCGAUAGCUUUCAGUCACAGUUCCCCAAAAACCGUUAUCAAAGUAACAGUUUUACAAAAAUAAUCCAAAAGUCGUAUCAACAUGAAUUGGAAUAGUAUAAAAUAAUAAUAAACGAAAUUCAAAUUUAGAUUUAAAGUGCAUUUUGUUUAAGAUUUACUACAUUUCAAGGUUUUUUACUUACGUUUUCAUUAUAUUCGGCGCCAUAAAAACCCAUCACAUAUUGUAAGUUGCCCAUCUCCAACUGACACUGUAACCUCAAAUAAAAUGUUUUGUUUACUUUUGCGGCGGUCUGCAGUUCAUAAUUCCUGCAAAUUAAUCAGUAAACAGAUUGCCAAGCCCGCGUUCUACACACCAAUUAAUGCUCUCCAUACCACAAUACCUCGGCGGCAUGGCGAGUUUGAAUGGCAGGACCCCAAGACCCCAGAGGAGAUAGUAAACAUCACAUAUGUAGACAAAGAUGGUAAACGAACCAAAGUUCAGGGCAAAGUGGGCGACAAUGUUUUGUAUUUGGCGCAUCGUCAUGGAAUCGAAAUGGAGGGCGCCUGUGAGGCUUCCUUGGCCUGCACCACUUGUCACGUGUAUGUCCAACAUGAUUACCUAGAAAAGCUAAAAGAUGCCGAGGAGCAAGAGGACGACCUCCUUGACAUGGCGCCGUUUCUAAAAGAAAACUCCCGCCUCGGCUGCCAGAUUCUGCUGGACAAGAGCAUGGAGGGCAUGGAACUGGAGCUGCCCAAGGCCACUAGAAACUUCUACGUUGAUGGGCAUAAACCCAAACCCCAUUAACAAUAUUGUUAUCUUACAUUAAUAAAUUUAACGACUGUUAUGCCA